AUGCGACGAGCGAGGAGAACCCUCGCGUCGUCCACGUGGCGUUCGAUCCGCUCUUGGCAGAGGUGGAGCAGCAGCACGACGACCGCGCGUGCGAGUGGUGGCUACGCGCGCCUGCACGGCGCGCGGAAGCCGUUCCGCGUACACUCCGACGACCCGCGGAAGCGCCACCUGCACGGCGAAGGCGUGGGCGUGGGGGACGAGGAGGCGGACGACGGGACGCUAGAGGGGAGCGAGCUGGCGGAACGACUUGAGGCACGACCACUCGAGCCUCUCCUCUCCCGCCGCCUCUCCCCUUGGGGCUCUCCACUCAACCCCCAACGCCAUCUUCCCCCACCCUUCUCCCAUACUUCCCCCUCACUUCUAACGCUCCCCCUUCCCCUCUGCAGACAACUUGCUGCAGCUGAGGGAGGUGACAGCAGCUAA